AGAGAAAGACUGAGCAACAGCAGAAAGAAAGGGAGGGCGACACAAAGAAAAAGAUUGAAUUUGAAAAAAGAUGAUGUAUUGUCAGAGGAUAAAGACGUUUAUAAGCUAAGGCUUGGCCAGAUGUGAGAGGACUUGUCUGAGGAAAGCAGUGUUUUCCGUUGGAAACAAUAGUAAAGAGUCAGGAAGGGGCAGAAAACAGACAGGAGGCAGAAGAAGGAAGUAGUUUGCUGUUUCACGCGCUGAUGGUGUAGCUGAGCCCCUCACAAGAAUGCUCCUGGCUCUGCCUGCCAUCUGGAAUGUCGAGUCACUUCCUCUGUCUGUCCUGCGCUUUAACAGGGUUGUCCUCUGUGUCUCUGCUCCCACCCUCUGCUCUGACAGCAGUCUGAAGAAGACCACACCACUUCGGAAAGGACUAUCCUCGUAGCAGCUCACACACAUUAACUCUGAAAGUCAGACCCCUGCACCAGCCCACAUCCUUCCAGACUCAUUCUUAAUGGAACCAGGACUUGUGGGGGGGAAAAGGAGAGAAGACUGCAGCCAUCAGCUGAACGUAUAGUGAGGGAGUUUCUUUUCCUUAUAUGGCAGCAGAGCUGGGAAGUCAUUUGAAUUAGUCUGGUUUCUGUCUGGUUUUAAUGCUGACUGAGUUCCACCCGGUGCAUAUGUGUGUGGGUGGCGUGUGUGCAGCUUAAUUUGUUUGUUUUGCCACUCUUGGUUCUUCUUUUUCAAUUGUUUGCAUGCAGGGCUUUUGUUUUGGGAUAAGAAGGAGGGCUUGUGUUUGUGGUUUAGCUCGAGGCAACGUCAUCGCUUCAGGAGUGGCUGCUUCAUUCAGACUUCUUCUCUUCCUUGCUCAACUGUGAUGGUCUGUGUUUGUUGGAUCAACACAUGACGUAUACACACACCUGGGUGGAGCAGCUCACAACUUAAAUCAGAAACUGGGGCUCCAUAGAGAAGGAUACUACCAGGAUGGAGGACUGCAGCUUUCACUGAGAAGUGGAGGGCGUGUUGGAGUGGAAUAACCUGGAGAUUUAAUAUUUUCACAUCUGCUUCCUUCAGACCAACAGGAUGGGUGACCCAGAAGCAACCAGGAAGGACCUAGGAAGUGCUAGAAUCACUGGGGAGGCUUUAAAUACUCAAGCAGACCACAGCGGUUUUCUGAUGCUGCUGACUUGCAAGAGAGACCUCUGGUGCGAUGAAAUCUCUGCAAGCCUAAAGCAGCUGGAAAUGCAACCUCUGCGCCUGUUCAUAACCUCAUGUGGAUUAUUCUCCUGAGCAUUUCUCUCCUCAUCGAUUGCCAUGGCUUCAGCAUCAUGGUACCAUCGUGACAUCAGCCGUGUGAGAGCGGAGGACUUGCUGGCGCGAGCGGGGAGGGAUGGCAGCUACCUGGUGAGAGACAGUGAGUCAGUGCCAGGAGCCUAUGCAUUGUGCCUACUGUUUCAACGUCAUGUCCACACGUAUCGUAUACUUCCUGACCCGGAUGGUCUUCUGGCAGUUCAGACAACCCAAGGCGUGCAGGUGAACUGUUUUCGGACACUGGAGGACUUGGUGUUGGGAUACCAGCAACCCCACAAAGGCUUAGUCAUCCCUCUUCUCUACGCUGUUCCUCAUGACACAGACACAGGGGAUGAGAGCUCAGACGAUGAGAAGCCGUCUCCCCUCCAAGCCCCGGUCAACACAGCGUCACUCCUGGGAACGCCGACAAAACCAGCCCCUCAUGCCUUGUUCCUGGAGAAGCUGCUUGAGAUGAACACAUCUAAUGUUGCAGGUGAAGUGAUCGGCCUGCUCAAUGACUACCUCUUCAGUGAUUUGCCCCUGGACAUCGAGAAUGUGCAUAAAGGGGCAACAACUUUAUAUCACCUCAAGCGCACUUUGGCUACAGCCUGCCAAGGCCUCAACAGUGAGAUAGAUCUCACUCUUUCAAGUCUAGAAACCUUGGCUAAAGUCUUCGACCAUCCCAGCUGCUCUUUAACUCCUAGCAAGGCACAGGGUCCAGAGAAGGAGAUUGAUAGCUUGUUGUGUAAAAUCUCAGCUUUGAUCAGCCUCCUUUCUUCGUUGGAGAAAAAGGUUUUGCAAGCAUUACAAGAUGCUGUGACAAACCACAACCUGGCAGUGCAGCCCAGCCCGCUGCCUCCUGAUCCAGCACCAACCAUUGUAACACCUGCAAAGAACAACACCAGGCAGCUGUCUGUGCACUCCUUUCAGGUGAAGAUGGUGAGGUACGGCAGACAAAUUGUCUCUGUGGAUGUGGACGCAGGAGUCCUGCUGUUUGACAGGAAGUCGAGCUCAUUUGGUAUCGAGAAAGUCUCGCAUAACAGAAUUCUUCAGAUUGUUAAGUUCCAAAAUCACCCAGCCAAGAUCCGAAUGGUUGUUGACAGCUACCACAGCACACCGCGGGAGAUGACAUUUGAGAGUGCACGGAAAUGCGACUCGUUCUGCCAGCUCCUCCUGCUGAUGAAGUCCAGGCACUCUCAGCUGGAUGAACCUGAUAUGGUCUCUGUGUUUGUUGGCACCUGGAACAUGGGUGGUUCCCCUCCUCCUCGGACCUUGCAGUCGUGGGUGACCUGUUGUGGUUUGGGACACACUCCUGAUGAGUCGACCGCUUUGCUUCCUCACGACAUCUAUGCAUUAGGGACUCAGGAAAACCCUCAGGGGGAGAGAGAGUGGACAGAGCAAAUCAAAGCAACUCUUCGCAGCUACACUCAAAUCGACUUCAAACUAGUGGCAGUGCAGUCCCUCUGGAAUAUGAGGCUGGCUGUGUUUGUAAAUCCGGAGCAUGAGAGUCGAGUCAGCCAUGUGAACACAGCCAGUGUUAAAACUGGUCUUGGAAACACUCUGGGAAACAAGGGAGGAGUUGGAGUCUCCUUCCUCUUCAAUGGGACAUCUUUUGGGUUUGUGAACUGCCACCUGACCUCUGGAAGUGACAAAGUGCUAAGGAGGAAUCAGAGCUUUGUGGACAUCCUCAGACUGCUUUCCCUGGGUGACAAGCAUCUCUCUGCCUUUGAUAUCAGCCUUCGUUUCACUCAUCUCUUCUGGUGUGGAGACCUCAACUACAGGCUUGACCUGGAUGUAGAGGACAUCCUGAAACAUGUUUCCAAAAGGGAAUUCGAGGAGCUCAUGUUUGCAGACCAGCUAACUCGAGAAAGACAGAAAAGGAAAGCGUUUUUCAAUUUCAAGGAAGAGAAGAUUGCAUUUCCACCCACCUACCGGUAUGAGAGAGGCUCCAGAGACUGCUAUCUUUGGCAGAAGUACAAGACAUCAGGAGUGCGAGUUAAUGUUCCAUCAUGGUGCGACCGGAUUCUGUGGAAGUCCUACCCAGAAACGCACAUCAUCUGCACGGCAUAUGGUUGCACUGAUGACAUCUUCACAAGUGAUCAUUCACCUGUUUUUGCCACUUUCCAAGUGGGAGUGACCCCUCCGUGCAGCAAAUCAGAUUCAAACUCCAGUGUGGAGAGAGCCUGGAUUGAGCUGGAAGAAAUUGACACCAUAGUAAAGACUGCAAGCAAGUCCAAGUUCUUCAUCGAGUUUCAUUCCUCAUGCCUUGAAGAGACACAACGAUCCAGUGAGAAUAAUUUACAAAGCUGUGAUGUUCCUGGGUUUCUCAAACUGGGCUGGACCUGCAAACAGCUCCCAAAGCUCAUUCCAGUCGUGUCUGAUCUGGAGUAUCUCCAGGAUCAGCACUUGCUGCUGUCUGUGAAGUCAUGCGAUGGAUAUGAAUCUUACGGUGAAUGUUGUGUUGCUCUGCGGCCGGUGAUGGGCUCGUCGCAGAAAUUUGAGACAUUUUUGACUCAUCGUGGUGAGGAGAUGGGCUCCAUACGAGGACGGGUCAGAGUUCACGUGCCCAAGGACAGGCGGGGCACGCGGAAGAAGAUUUAUGACUUGUUCUGUUUUGAGAAAGACGAUAAAGGUCCUGGAAGGGGACACGUGUCUCAUGCAGCAGCACGGAUCACAGUAACUAGGCCGUCGGAAGUGCCUGUUAAACCUACAGUGAGCAGCUACACCAACCCUGCCUACUUCAUCUUUGAAGGUGUAUCAGUUCCACACAAGGUGGAGGAGGCCCUUCCUCAGCGAAGGGACCCCCAGGUCAUCUGGUCUGGAAACGAGGCCCUGCAGCUUCCAAAAGUGUCAGGGCGGCAGGGCUUCGACAGGAGACCCUGUCACAGAUCAGACUUUACAGAAAUUGAAAUCCCAGCCAUCUUGUCCCAGUGCAACCUAACCAAAGACCUUCAUCCGUCCCAAACCAACUCGUCCUAUCAGCUCUUUCCAGCCCAAAGCCAGUCGCCAGUGUCUCCUUCCUCAAGAAAUGCCGUCCGUCAAUUCCAGGAACAGACGUCACAAAUCAGAGAAAAAUACCAAGGAAAACUAAAUGUUCAUGACUCCAUGCAGCCUGAAAGCAACAUGUACAUCAACCACUCUGAAAUCAUACAUAAAAAUGCCAUAAGAGAUAAACGCCAGCUUCAUCCAGGGAGGAGAGACCCCAUGCACCCAAAGUCCCCGUCCCUUCUGCCUUACGCCCCCACCUCUUUGACACAUUGUCAGCACUCUGUUUCCUGGAUCGUUGAGAAGCAACCCCCAACAGGAGACAACUCCCUCACCGCUUUGCAGAUUGCCAAGUCCCUCAGCGAGGUCGACUUCUUCCCUUCAAAGGAGAGAGGCCCAUCUGUAGUCAGGCAGAGGGCGAAUUAUGGAAACGGCCCGUCCAUGCAUGGAGACAGAGGCUGCGUCUGGGAUAAAGAGGUGUCUGUCCUGAAAGGUGCGCCAGAAACUGUGCAGGAGCUUCUCAGUACUUUAGGUCUUCAAAAGUACACCCUGGGACUUAGCCUCAGUGGUUGGGAUGAUCUGGAUUACUUCAGUGGGAUCACAGAGGAGGAUCUGUGUGCAGCGGGUGUAACAAACCCCUCACACCGGCGCCGGAUCCUGGAAAACCUUCCCAGAAACUGGAACUGACAGAAAGCCAAUGCUACAAAGUCCUGAACUGUCUGCUCUUAACCUGAACUGGAAAAACUUUCUGAACUUAACAGAUCUCACUCUGAUCUGAAGCGUCAUAUUUGCUGGACGCCAGUCGUCUUUUAAUCUGCUCUAUUAGAACUGUAAAGCAAUGUUAUUUGUGCCAAAACAGGGAAGGAAACAUAAUGCAUGAAGUACUUAUUGCACAUUAUAUGUUGUUCAUCUAGAGCUUAGAUAACUGACCAAGAAGUGGAAGAAAUUAUAAUGACAUUAAAGCCUCUGUGAAUUGGUAUAAAAACAUAACUCUCUUAUUUUCCACAGCUCAUUUGAAGUCCUGGUUUACCAUCUGUUUUCCACUAUGUACUUUUUUUUUUAACAUUGCUACUAUUGAGCCACAGUGAUCAGUGUUAUAAUAAAUCAAAAGAGCAUAAACUCCAACCAUAUUUACAGGAAGAAUACCUGGAAGCCUCUCUAGAAACCAUCCCAUCUCUUUUCUGUUUACUCUGUCCUAAAGUUGCUAUCAAGUCACGUAAUCAGUAGCUGCAUCUACUGCGCAUGUUUAUAAAGUUGAUAAAGCAACACUUGAAUGCCACCAAGCAAUAAUGUGUCAUCUCAUGCUUUCA